AGCUGUCAUGGUGCACACAGAUUCUUGAUAAGUGAAGUGAGAGCUGACUUUCUGACAAAACACUUAAUAACAUAAAACUGGAUCCUUAGAAAGUGAGUACAUAAUGCAGAUGAACACCUGAGUGCUGAAGAAGUCCUGAAGUUUUGUUUCAAUUCUUGCUGUCAUGAUGUCAAUGAGAAGCUUCACUUUUCUGAUCAUCUGUUUGCCUAUACUGAUGUCACUGUGUCCUCUAAAUUCAGCAGCCAACUCUGCCAGCACCAGCCUGUGGGGAAAGAAGUUGGCGUUUAAUGGGCCUCCAUGUUUGUGGCAGCUCCACCCGGAAGUGAGGGUUCCAGCUCUGAUGGAUUUGAGCGUCUGCAUUUGUUUAAAACGCACCAGUUCAGCACAAUGGACAGGCUUUCUUUAUAGAUCUACAGAACGGAAAGAGCUGGGACUUGAAGGCAAUAAUUCACAUUUAAAAAUUUGGCUUUUUGGAAAACAAUACCAAAUAGAUCAGGACCUCUCAUUAAAGACAUGGCAUUCCAUCUGUCUCACAUGGUCUGGUAAAAACCAGAAGCUGAUGGUGUACUUAAAUGGAUCUAGUGUAAAAAAUAAACUUUUUUAUUCAGAUGAUGCACACCAACAGCUGGCACCAAAUGGCACUCUCACUCUGGGCGUUUCUCAUAGUGUUCUCCCUAAUGGUGCACUGAAGCCGGAGAGCGGUAACAACUUGCUAGGUGAGAUAGGUUUGUUCAGGAUGUGGGGGAAGGAGUGGAGCGCUGAGGAGGUGAGCAGCCUGGGUUGUGCAGACGGAGAUGUGGUGAGCUGGGAUCUGCGGCAGUGGAAGAAUGACUGUCCUCCUGUCCCCGACAACAAUCUAACCUGUGGUUGGUCGAAUUACAAAAUCAAAAUGUGGGUGACAGUAACCAACCUCAAAAGUCCUGAAAACUGCUCACUGGCUCUGGAAGGAAUCACAAGAAACUGGCUUGUGAACAUUUUCCCCAACAACAUUUCUGUCCAAGACAUUUACGUUUCAUCUCAAAGCCCAAGAUGCGAAGUGCACCUAGACGAGGAUUUGCCAAAACAGUCUAACCGAGUCUGUAAGAAAUGUUUCGGCUGUGAGGUGUAUGUGAGCGUGGAUCCUGCUGCAAACGUCAAAACAGUUCAGACGGACAUUUCUGCCUUGCUGAGUACGAACUUCUCUUUCAACUUCCUCACCAUAGAAGCUGGUCAUGACAGCAUCGCCGUUCUUCCUGCUGUGAUUUCCCCUCAUGUGACAAGACCACCACCAACUAUUACGCCUUCAUUAACCACCUCACCAUGGACACAAAAAUUCACAACCUCAGAAAAAGGUUUAACGGAGACCACACCGAAUAGGCCUGCCAAGUUUUCAACGACGGGAAAACCUGUAGAUCGCACUGUAACAGUUGUCAUGCCAGAUCAGUUUUUUCGAGUUAAUUUGACCUUAGUCAUAACAGGAAUCCAGUCAAAGCCUACAGACAUCAUUGAAGAAUGGCUGCAACAAAAGCUUGAGACCAAUAACAGUUUGAGUGUGGUGAAUCUUGUCAUAAAAGGCGGUUAUGACAGGAGCAUGGGAGAGUACACUGGCUUACUGACUCCCAUCAUCAAACAGAAUCAAUACAACUGCACCUUCCAUGUUCAAGAGUAUCAGAAGAAAAAUGUGGCUGAAGUUGAGCAAUUAAUUUAUUCUGCCUUGACAUCAGAAUAUGGAAACAUCUCUUUUGCAAUUCAGACAACAAAUAUAUCAAUCAAACACAUAGAGCCAAAAAGCUGUUUAGAAGAAAAAACCUCAUCAUUUUAUGGGCAAUAUAUUUGGCCAGAAACAUUUCCACAAGUCACUGCAGAGAUGCGAUGCAGGAAACCAGCAUCGAAUCGAGCCUACAGACUUUGUAAACUACACAUUGAAACUGAUACGACCAGCUGGGAUAAUCCUAAUAUGACAAACUGCAACAAGUUUCAGACAAUUUCAGACAUCAGCAACAUUACAGUCACACCUGAUAAUGCAGCAGAGGUUGUGGACAUAAUUCAGGACCUCGUAGAUGUUCAGCUCAGUAAUAACUCCCAGCUGUCUUCCUCUGAGCUGGGAUUGGUGAUGGACAAGCUAAGUGAAGUGGUAGAUGUAAGCAUCAUCGAACCUAAAGUUGGCGUUGACAUUGUUAACAUCGUGGCCAACAUCCUGCUUUCUGAAACUGACGUCACACCAGUCACUGACAUUGUCCUUGAUCUUACAGACCAGAUGGGGAACAGUAUAGAAUUUCAAGGGGAAUGUACAAAUAUCACAUCUCCUGCGCUUGCCCUUUCCAUGAUUAAUGUCGAUCCAGAUCAGUUCAGUGGCCUCACCUUUGGUGUGUCUCUGUCAUCCUCAACGAACCCUGAGAUAUUUGUUAACCAGAGCUUUGUCAGCAAACCACUUGCAGAAACAAGUGCGACUAUUUCCUUGCCCGCUGAGAUCAACAACUUUUUCCCACCUGGAGUCAGAAACACAACACGAGUGCAAUUUCAUUUUUAUGGAACGCCCAACCUCUUUCAGGACCCCUACUUAAUCAAUGAAAGUGAUGGGAAUUGGACCUUAAACUCCUUUGUGGUUUCUGCCAGCGUUAAUAACAGCCAAGUUAUCAACCUGCAGGAACGAGUGGUGGUGACCUUCAAGCACGAAGAAACCAGACGGUCAAAGUGUGUGUUCUGGGAUUUCCAAAAGUACAGCAGCCUUGGUGGUUGGAGCAGCAGCGGCUGUGAAACCCGUAACAUUUCCCCUCAUCAGACCAGCUGUCUCUGUGAUCACCUCACACAUUUUGGUGUCCUGCUGGAUGUAAGCCAAGGCCCAAUGGACCCCGAAGAUAUCCGGAUUCUCACAAUAAUCUCUUACCUUGGUUGUGGUCUUUCCUCCAUCUUUCUAGGAAUCACUUUGCUCACCUACCUUAUUUUUGAAAAGUUGCGUCAGGACUAUCCAUCUAAAAUACUCAUCAACUUGUCCGCUGCACUGCUGGGUUUGACCAUGUUCUUUCUUAUCGACUCGUGGCUCGCAUCCUUCUCCAGCUAUGCAUUGUGCAUCACGACAGCUGCUUUCCUCCACUAUUUCCUCUUGGCUUCCUGCACCUGGAUGGGCUUGGAGGCCUUUCACAUGUACUUCGCACUGGUGAAGGUUUUCAACACCUACGUGCCCGCCUAUUUACUGAAAUUCUGCGCUGUUGGAUGGGGUAUUCCUUUGGUGAUAGUCAGCCUUGUGCUCGCCAUAGAUAAAGACACUUAUGGAAGCUUUGUUCCUGAACAAACAGGAGUGGCGCUUGAGUCCACUGAACAAUUCUGUUGGAUUCAGAAUAACAUUUUCUACUACAUCACAGUGGUGGGAUUUAUUCUCUUCAUCUUCUUGGGCAACCUGGGCGUGUUCGUCGUGGUUCUGAUCCAGAUCAAACAAAUGAGGGCCAACAAACCGCUAGUCAAGAGCCGCAGCACGCUGCAGGACUUCAGAGCAGUUGUCGGCCUCACUGUCCUGCUGGGCCUCACCUGGUCGUUGGGCUUCUUUUCAUUCGAACCAGCACGAGUGGUCAUGAUGUACCUAUUUGCAAUCUGCAACUCUUUUCAAGGAUUUUUUGUUUUUGUGUUCCACUGUUUGAUGAAGGAAAAUGUGAGGAAACAGUGGAAAAUUUAUUUGUGCUGUGGACGUUUCAGGGCUAAUGAAACCUCAGACUGGAGCCGCUCUGUAACAAUGGACGUUCGUAACAAAAAGGGCAAUCUUGUCAAAUCCGACUCAGUUCACUCUGACAACACCUCCUCCACCAAGUCACUGACUCCUCCACGUAAUCUCCAAAACACUCACACCGCUAGGUGGCAGUAGUGAGCUUCUGAAGCAGGAAGACAAGAUCAAUCAGUCACAAAUUUGGGUACAAAUAAUUUUUUAUAAUGAGCAGGGAGAAAUCACAAAAAGCACAUUUCUGAAAUGGUACUCAGGAUUUUUUUUUUACUAUUAUGAACAUUUCACCUUAAAGUAUUGUCACAUGUGACAAGUAUACACUGAAAUGAACUAGGUCUAAUUAAUUAAUUUCAUAGAAAGGUUAGGUUGGCAAUAGUAGAGGUAUAAAAUCUGCAGGGCACUUUCAAGGAUUUCAAAACAAGACAGAGAAACAUUUUUAUAUAUUGUUACAUCUUGUUAUAUAUUUUACAGAAACUGCUGCUCAUUUGUUCUUUAUCUCUGUAUGUUUCCACUAAAGACAAUUUUGUAAACUGUGCUUGAUUUUAAUUUUUAAAUAAACUAUUUAUUUUAAUUUGAUUUUAUUUACUGAGAACUAAUAAGCUCGUGAGAAUCAGAUAUCUUUUUUAUCUGUAUUUUUAAUUUUUGGUAGCAAGAUAAAUUUGGGUAAUUUAAUGUGAAUGCAUAUCAAAAUUUAACUGCAGCAAGAUUAUUUUUGUAAGACGUAUCCUGUGUCAUUUUUAUUGCUAAAAUAAAAAUGUGAUC